AUGCCUGGCUUUGCGGACUCUUUCUGGACGCCCGACUAUGCUUCCGGCUUGGGUGUCCUAUACGGGAAGUUGCAGCAGGGCGUGGUGGAGAAUAAGCAGAUUUUGAUGAUCGCAUUGAUGCGGGCAGAAGCGGAGGAGCAAUAUGGUCUCCGCAUGGGAGAUAUCGCGCCAAGCGUGGACCGGUUAUCUGCUGCAGGUUUCAGCAAGGACGACGGUGCGAGUGUGCGAAAGGCUUACGAAGGUGUCCGUACUGAGAUGAUCGAGGCCUCGCGGAAUCAUCAGAAAAUUGCCAACAACAUUCGUGAACUUGUCGUGGCCCCAUUCCGUCGCUGGGGCGAACAGCAUGAAUACAGAGUCCAGACUUCCCAUGACAAUCUCCAGGGACGGAUCAAGGAACACUCGAAACAGGUCGAAUUGGUGAAGAAGCUUCGCAGCACUUACUUCAACAAGUGCCGAGUGGUGGAAGAUCUGGAAGAGGAGAACAAGCUUGCUUUCCAGGAUCCCGAGACAAGUCCCAAGGUUAAGCCGACACCGAAGAUUGUUCUUCCCACCGAGGAGGACCCCGAGGAUGAGGAGCCGGUUGAAUUGGGAGAUCGCGUUUACUCCCCCGAGGAUAUCAAGAAGAUUCUUUUGCAUAUGUUGAAUAACAUUCGAAUUGGCGAGGCCAAGGUGCCUAUUAUUGGCACAUAUCAAAAUGUUUCGACAGGCGCGGAUAUUGUGGAGUACGUUCAGAGAUACAUGGAAGCCUCUAACCUGGCCCAGGCAGAACGUAUUGGACAAGAUCUUGUGGACGGUGGCUUUUUGCGCCUGGUUGGCAACAUGGGUAGCGUCUUCGCCAACAGCUCGAAGAUGAAUUACCAGUGGCGCACCAGGGUCUUCCAACUCACUGGCAUUCCCGAGAAGAAGAAGUCUUUGAUGCGAGUAGCCUCUGCGGCUUCCAACAGCGAGGAUGGCAUUGACUCUCCAAUUUCGUCAGUCUCGGAGAUGAUCGCUGGCUGGAACCCUCUCAACAACCCCUACCCUAAUGAGACCCCUGCAGAGAAGCUGCGAAGAGAAGCUUUGGAAUCCGAUGAGCGUUACAAGGCUGGUGUGCGAAGGCUUGAUCAGCUUCGAUGCCGCCUUGAGGAGGACGUCAUUGACAACUUGCGAUUCAUGGAGCAGUGUGAGCUGGACCGUCUCAAGGCCAUCAAGGCUGUAGUGCUUGAUUUCUCUGGCGCUAUCAGCAACGUCAUUCCCAACCUCCAGAGCACCGUCGAUCAUAUGAUGCUGUAUCAGGAAACGAUCCAGCCACUGGGAGAUUUGAGAUAUCUCCUAGAGAAUUACCGUACCGGCGGGUUUGUCCCGCGUGUACAAGCCUACGAAAACUACUACGGAUCCGUCGAAGAGCAAAAUUUCGGCGUCGAUCUUGAAGCCAGAGCUCGUGUAGACCGCAAGCGUGUCCCAAUUUUGGUGACUACGCUUUUGACCUACUUGGACAACCGCUACCCGGAGCUCGAGGGUGAUGAGGCCCGCCGUGGUAUCUGGCUCCACAAUCCUAAGCUGUCUCACACGCACCAGUUGCGCAACGCUUUGAACAACAGCAAAGCGGACUAUCGUGAAAUCCUCCCGAAUUUUGAGAUACCCACAGUUGCUAGCGUUCUGAAAUUGUACCUUCUUGAAUUGCCAGACUCUCUUGUUUCUUCACAAGUCUACGAAAUCGUCAAAACUAUCUACUCGACUACCGCUCACGAGACCACGGAAGAGGGACGAAUUAAGGUCCUGCAAAGUACGCUUGGACAACUUCGUCUCGUCAACAUUGCCACGCUUGAUGCCAUCAUGACCCAUUUCACACGCCUGAUUGACUUGACCUCGGCCGAUGAACAGUACAUUGCCGCAAUGGCCCAGGUCCUGUCGCCAUGUAUCCUCCGCCCUCGCAUCGAGAGCAGCCUCACCAUGGAUGAGCGCCACAGCUACCGCCUGAUCCGUGAUCUGUUUGCUCACAAAGACGCUAUCUUCGGCGAACUGAAGCGCCAGUCCAGUGCACUGGGUAUUUCGACUUCCAGCCGCCCCCGAGCAAUCAGCACCGACGAGAGCAACCGACGUGCCGCCAUGGAGGCUCGCCAGCGUGCUAUUGUCAACCGCAGCCGCGCUACCAGCCCGACAAACCGUCAACGACACCGUCGGGACCGUUCCAGUGGCGCUUCUGAAACUGGCCGAUUCCCAAUUAAUGUUUCCAGCCCGGCUGACCGCCGGCCCGCAGGCCGUGCUGUCGUCAGUCUCGACGUGCCCACCAGUAAUGGAUCUCCCACUGGCUCCGAGCACCCCCCGGCCGUGAACACCAAUAUCACCGAAGUCGCAACCAACGGUGGAACCGAGUCUCCCGCCUCGGCAGCCAUCUCUAGUGCCGCCUCUUCGGGUUCUGAAAGCCCCCCUCCUCCCCCCGAGACUGCCUCAGAAGGUUCCCCUACCCCAACACCCACCCCAGCUGCUACAGCUACCGAAUUUGAAAAGCGAGCCUCUAUUCCUCGCUCCGCUGGUGGCCGGUACACUCGCAAGCCCGGCCUCGGAAGUCUCUCGAGCUUCCCUACUACCGGACCUACCGUCGGCGCCACAGGCACCGAUAGCAACCGGAGCAGCAUUGCCGAAAGCGAGCCCAAGGGUGUAACUCUGGAAGACAAGCCCAUGGAUGAUUAA